AUGAUUGCUAGCGUUAACUCCAUCAAGACUUGGGUUAUGAGUUCAAAGGGCAGGAUGGUCAAGAUUGCAAAGGGGUCAGGAACUGCCGGUACCCGCGCAGCUCCCACGCAAUCUGGAACCAAUGACGAAAAGAUGGGAGGGAGGCUCGACUUCGGCGAGAGAUUCGAGAAGGACGGGAAAGUCUACUGCCGCUUUAAUUUCCAACUGAACAAAAAUGCCGAAAACAAAACUCUUCGCGAUCUCGCUCGAGACAACACCCACAAAAAGUGGUCGUCUGCCGAAAUUGAAAUUAGCGAGAACCCCACCGAGGAUGAAGCCAGAGAGAAAGCCACUCAGUUGUUUGACAGUAUUAUUUCGAACCUUCAAAAACCCUAG